ACUGCGCGCGCACCGCUGUCCUCGUUUGCUGCGUUUGUUAUUGGCGCGAAGUGGAGAGGAGAGAGAGAGAGGCGAAGAUGGGGCGCGCGCUGGCAUAAACGGCCACUCCGCGGGAAGGAAGGCAGGCAGACGGCGCGAGGAUGGAUAUCCGAAAAUUCUUUGGAGUUUUAAUUCCUGGAAAGAAACAUGAAGACAACGCUGCCAAGAAAAAUGAGAAACCCAAAAAUAAAGAGGGUAGCUCAGAUGCAAUAUCAAAAUUGAAGGACAUUAAGAAAAAGAGUUCAAACCUUGAGGAUGAAUUCAAACAAAAACAGGUGAACAAGAAAAAGAGGAUCAUCUAUGAUUCAGAUUCUGAAGAAGAAGUACAAUUGGCAAAAAGACCUAAGAAUAUACCAGACAGAAAUCAGUCUUCAAAAUCUGACAAGAUUCUAAAGAAAGAUCCAGUUGUUUAUGUUUCAGAGACAGAUGAAGAUGAUGACUUUGUAAAUAAGGCGGCUUCCCAAAAACCCAAGCAGAAUGGGACAUCUACUGGUGUUCUCGAAACAACAGGAACAUCAAAGACAGAUCCCAAAACAAAAAUAAAAAAUAAACCUUUAUCUCCAGUAAAACUGACACCAACUUCUGUAAUUGAUUACUUUGGAACUGCCAGCAUACAGCGAUCAGAUAAGAAGCUGGUAUCAAGCAAGCGAAAAGAAGUCCAGACUUCACAAAGCAGGGAUUUCACACUGGAUGAUGAAGCUAUUGCCAAGCAACUACAGCUUGAAGAGAAUACAGAGGUAAAACCUCCUGACCAGGUGGAGAGACAACUGCACGAAGAUGAAGAAUUUGCUAGAACUCUGGCUAUGUUGGAUGAAGUCCCAAAGAAAAAAAAGCCUCGAAAAGAUCUGGCAGAGAAACAGUCAGCGUCAACAACCAAAAUGAGUCCAGAUAAAAUAUCAACAAAUAAACAAGUUAGCAAAGCAAAACCUCCCAUUUCAACUUUUGACUCAAGACCUCAUUCUACAGUGGAGCAGAUUCAUUUGGAUAAUACCAGAACAACGAGUCUUCAGCCAGAACCGUGUACUAGUAAAGAGAGGAAGGAUUUGGGGACCAGGAUGUUGACCUCAAAACCUAGCUCCAAGUUAUCAGCACUAAAGCAAAAUGCAGAGAGUAUGAAAAGAGAAAAUGGGACCCCAAAAGAAGAAAAUACUAGUAAAGAAAGUAUGCAUCCAAAAGGAAAGAUCAUUUCACCAAAAGAGGAGAAAACACCUAAAAAGGUUUCUCCCCAAAAAGCUAAGUCUGUUAGCCCUGAAGACUCUGAAAAGAAACGAGCUAACUAUCAGGCCUAUAGAAGCUUCCUGAAUCGAGAAGGUCCAAAAGCACUUGGCACCAAAGUGCUACCACAAGGUGCAGAAAAUUGCCUGGAAGGUAUGACAUUUGUGAUCACAGGUGUCUUGGAAUCUAUCGAACGUGAUGAAGCGAAAUCUCUAAUUGAGCGUUAUGGAGGGAAAGUCACUGGCAACAUCAGCAAGAAGACAAACUUUCUUGUUAAAGGCCGUGACUGUGGAUUGUCUAAGUGUGAGAAGGCAUCAGCUUUAGGAACAAAAGUAAUUGAUGAAGAUGGUUUAUUUGAUUUGAUUCAGAAGAUGCCAGGCAAGAAAUCAAAGUAUGAAAUAGCAGCUGAAGCAGAGGCAAAGAAAACAAAACCCACCAGAGAGAGCACCCCACUGAAAGGCGAGGCAGUUAAAAGAAAAAUUAGCCCAAAGAAAGUGGAAGGUGAACCGGAAAGGAAGGUCUCCACCUCUACAGACUUCAAAUCCAGCAAGAAGGCAACUGUGGAUGUGAGGAGGGGUUUGGACUUUGAUGAGAAAACCUUAGAGAAAAAGCAAGUUCCAAAAAAUACUGGAAGCUCAGUUCAACAAACAAGUAAAAAUGACACAGAAGUAUUACUUUGGGUGGACAAAUACAGACCUACAACUCUUAAAACAGUCAUUGGACAACAGGGAGACCAGAGCUGUGCCAAUAAACUUUUACGUUGGCUUCGAAACUGGCACAAGAAUACUUCAGGAAACAAACAUGUAAAACCCAGUAAGUUUGGAGGCAAAGAUGACGGGGCUAGUUUCAAAGCAGCUUUACUCUCAGGCCCCCCAGGGGUUGGUAAAACUACUACAGCUUCUUUAGUCUGUGAGGAACUCAACUUGAGCUAUGUGGAGUUAAAUGCAAGUGAUACACGCAGUAAGAACAGCCUGAAGGAAGUGGUUGCUGAAUCCCUAAAUAACACCAGCAUUAAAGGUUUUUGUUCAGGAGAAUCGUCUAGAGUCAGUUCAAAACAUGUCCUAAUCAUGGAUGAAGUGGAUGGAAUGGCGGGCAAUGAAGACAGAGGAGGGAUACAGGAGCUGAUUGACCUGAUUAAACACACCAAGGUUCCUAUUAUUUGUAUGUGUAAUGAUCGGAAUCAUCCCAAGAUCCGUUCCCUCGUCCACUACUGUUUUGACCUUCGCUUUUACAGACCACGUGUAGAACAGAUUAAGGGUGCAAUGAUGUCUAUUGCCUACAAAGAAGGAUUAAAGAUUCCACCGCCAGCGAUGAAUGAAAUAAUCUUGGCAGCUAAUCAAGAUAUUAGACAAGUACUUCAUAAUCUCAGCAUGUGGUCUGCAAGAAACAAAACCCUGACUUAUGAUGGUGUUAAAGAGGAUGCCAGCAAAGCUAAAAAGGAUAUCAAACUGGGCCCUUUUGAUGUUGUCAGGAAGGUUUUUGCUACUGGAGAGGAGACUUCUCACAUGUCCCUUAUUGACAAAGCAGACCUGUUCUUCCAUGACUACUCUCUAAGCCCACUCUUUGUCCAGGAGAACUAUAUCCAUGUGCAGCCAGCAGCUGCUGGGAAUAAUAUGAAAAAACAUCUGAUGUUACUUAGCAAAACAGCUGACAGUAUAUGUGAUGGUGACUUAGUUGACCGACAGAUUCGCAGUCAACAAAAUUGGAGCCUUUUACCUACACAGGCCAUUUAUUCAAGUGUCCUCCCUGGAGAGCUAAUGAGAGGCUACAUGAGCCAAUUCCCAAACUUUCCAAGCUGGCUGGGAAAAUUUUCAUCAACAGGAAAACAUGACCGUAUCAUUCAAGAGUUGUCAAUGCACAUGAGCCUCAGGACGCAUGCAAGCAAGAGAGCUGUAAAUCUGGAAUAUUUGCCAUACAUCCGGGAUGCAAUUGUGGGACCUUUGUCUCACCUGGGAACAGAAGGAGUGCAAGAUGCUAUAGCAGUGAUGGAUUCUUACAGCUUGCUGAAGGAAGAUGUUGAAAGCAUCAUGGAAGUGACCAGCUGGGGAGGCAAGCCUAGCGAAUUCUCUAAACUCGAUUCCAAGGUUAAAUCCGCUUUCACACGAGCCUAUAACAAAGAGGCACAUCUUACACCAUAUUCACUGCAACUCGUACAGAAGACAAAGCGACGAGCAAGUUCUGCAGUGGAUGCAGAACAGAAUGAAGAACUGGAAGCUGAUGAAGUUCAGUCUGGAAAUGAAGAAGAGACGGUUGAAAAUGACGCCAUGAUUAAGAAGAAGGCCAAGACUACCAAGCAACCAACGGUAGAAAAAAAAGAAGAAAAGAAAAAGGGGAAAGCAAAGAAAAAGUCCAAAUGAAUUUCUUCUGUGCUGACAAAACUAACCCAACUCUGCAAGCUUUUUAAUCAUAUUACUUUAUGUUGGCUUGUAGAUAAAAUGAAUGGGGUCAAAAGACCGUUAGUGGCAAUACACCUGUGUUUUGCUAUUACUUCACAAACAUGAUAUAGUGACUCCUUUGGAUAUUGCAAAAAUCUAAUGUUCCAAAAGACUUUUGGCUUUAUUCUCCAUGAGCGAGAUGAUGAAGCAUUUAGAGUUUGCUAACCACCGUCUUUAUGUCUGUGGUUCCAUUCUUGUGAUGUCCAAACCCAGCAGGACUUAACACACUUGCCAAAGGAAGAAAGCUGGUUAGGAAAGAAACAUGACAAGAGAUCAGUGUCUUUUUGGGUUCAGAUCACAUGAUACCCAAGAUUUGUUCAGUCGCUCCUACUGACUGGACAUUGUAUACCAGCCAGGAAACUCUUCCACAAGAUAGUAUUCUGGCUUGGAGAUGUCCGCACACAGCCACGGAUCAGCUCUAAAUGUAAUAAUCUUUCUCUUCUGAUUUGUGUAAAUAUGGACAGAACUUAGCUGUGUCUUGGAGGAAAAAGCACUGGCUUUUUCAGUGUGUACUUCACCUUUGCAGAGCAACUGAUAUUUUUUUAAAUAGAUAUUAUGUUAUAACAGAUAUGUACAUAGUAUAUACUGAACACGCCCUAAACUGGAUAUUUCUUUUGUACAUGAGGAGAGUGCAGCAAUGUGAAAAAGUGGCAAUAAAACUAGUUUCGUAUUUUAAA